AACUAGGCAGGAAGCGAGUAGGUGUACCUAUAAUUUAAAUACAUCCGUAUUACUGAAUAAAAUCAGAAAGAUAAUACACGUAUCAGCGGUUAUAAAGGCUACCGCAGUACCUACGGGCGAGGAGACUUAUAACGCCGACUCACGCCAAACAGCGGAAUACGACUUUGACCGCCGCGUCAAGCCGUCGAACACCAAAGAACAUAUUAAACUACAGAGUCAAGAGAACGUUGAAACAACUUGAGCAAUGCAGGACGAACAGCAAGAACCAAAUAUGGAAAAAAGGAAACAUUUGUUGGAGAAAAGAAAAAAAGUGGAUCUGGACACGAUCCUGGUAGAGGAGCUGGGCCAGUUCGGGCUGUACCAACUGCGUAUGGUGCUACUAGCAGUAGUGGUGGUGAUCUUUGGCGCGUGGGCUGCUGUAGAAUACAUCUUCACUACCGCUAGGAUAAGCACAAGAUGUCUGAUCCCAGAAUGUGAAGAGCUGUCGAAUACAGUGUUCGCGCCAAAGUGGAUCCUAAAUGCGGUGCCUGGCACUAGCAACACCUCAUUCGAGGGUUGCGCGCGAUACGCCAACGUGUCGUUAAUUAACCCUGAGGCAAUAGAUCGGACAUGUCCCGCGACCCUCUUCAACCAGCAGCGGACAAUCGAUUGCGAGGCGUACGUUUACGCAAGCUCUGAGUCUGUCGUUUAUGACUACGGUCUGGCAUGUGACGAAUGGCGACGAUCACUGAUCGGGUCGGUACGCACGGCAGGCGUGCUGAUUGCUAUGCCGUUGACGGGAUUCGUAUCGGACCGAUGGGGCCGGCGUACAGCACUCGUGAUCAACGCGUUUAACACUGCCUGGAUCGGCUCAUUGCGGUAUUUCGCCGACACAUACUUCGGUUUUCUCAUAUCCGAGUUCUUUGAGGCUGUUUUCGGUGCGGGUGGAUUUACUUGCACCUAUAUUUUGGUAAUGGAGCUCAUGGGUCCCAAAUAUCGCGUCGCGGGUGGAGUGGUGAUGAACACUUUCUUUGCGGUAGGGCAGGUGACGUUGGGCCUUAUAGCCUGGGCCGUGCCUGACUGGCGGAAACUCACACUUUCGAUUUACCUGCCCCAGUUAAUUACCAUCUCAUUUUACUGGUUGAUGGCAGAGUCCGUACGUUGGUACUUGAGUAAGGGUCGCUACGAAGAAGCUGAGGGUGUCCUUAAAGAUGUCGCUCGUAUCAACAAGAAACAACUAUCCGAAAAGUCACUUCAAGAGCUCAAAGAAAACGCUGAAGAAGAAAAGAAAAAGCAAGACCUAGAGGAAGAAAUCAAAGCAAAGGAGCCGUGGUUGAUAGUUGAGGUGUUUCAUCACAAAUCGAUUCUAUUGCGUUGCUGUGUGUCACCUGUAUGGUGGAUCACGACUACCUUUAUCUACUAUGGGCUGUCAAUUAACUCAAUCAACCUGACAGGGAACAGGUACCUGAACUACGUGACGGUAUCAGCCGUAGAGAUUCCUGGAUUUUGGAUUGCGUUCCUGUUGCUUGGAAUUGUAGGCAGGAAACCUGUGCUUAUUGGGGCCUUUUGGCUAUGCGCUGGUUGUCAGAUAGCCUUUAUCUUCAUUCCCGAUGCGAAUACGAUUGCGUCGUUGAUAGUGUAUAUGAUCGGCAAGUGCUGCAUCGCGACGGUAAUGUCUGCCAUCUACGUGUACACAUCAGAGCUGUAUCCUACCAAGUACCGCAAUAGUCUGUUCGCCUUCUCCUCGAUGAUGGGCCGCAUCGGCUCCAUCCUAGCACCACUUACGCCUGCUCUUGGAUCAGAAGUGUGGGAGCAGCUACCAUUUGCGCUCUUCGGAGGAUUUGCCCUGCUUUCGGGACUACUAGUGCUGCUUACUCCGGAGACUUUAGGCACGCAGCUACCUGAUAGCAUGGAGGAAGCCGCCAACCUCAAAAAAGUGACACGUGUAGCGUAAUAUUUAUUCUAAUAGUUAGUUACGUAAUGAUCAUCCACAAGAUCGAAAUCUAUGGAACACCAGACAAGAUAUCGUCGCUUAAAAGCUAAACGGCUGCAUGUCAAGAGUUCACUUGUUUACAGGAGAGGCGAUCAAAGCUUUCGACCUCAUUUCUUAACAUUUUAAUAUUGUUUUAUUUUUAAAUAUGAUGUAAAACAAACAAAUAAACAAAACAAAAUGCCAAACAGGCAUUUGCGUAAUUCCGUUGUUUAUAAUGCCAAAUUGCUAGGUGUCUUCGUGUAGUAUUAAAGUUUGACCGUUUUUAAACACAUUUUUGCAAUAAAAACAUUUUUGAAUUUUUUUGCGAUGCGGCGGUUUUGCAUUAAAGCGACGAUAUGUCACAUGUGUUCCCUUUGUAUAAGUUUUUAGCAUUAAUCGGUUGAACUACCCGCCUUAGAGUGUAGCGCAGUUAAGCUAACACCUUGUUUACUUUUUGUUUUAAUAGUACUAUGAUCCUGUAUAAUCUGGAUUGUUACCUAUUUAUUUAAUCUCAUCUAUGUAUAAACUUGCGUGUAGAUUAAAGAUUACGUACUAAUUCGCGAUAGGCAUUCGAAAUAAUUGCCGGUAAAUUAAAUCGUUUAUCAUUUGUAUUGUCCUCGAACAUGUGUAUUGACAAUUCGGUUAUCAUAUCUAGUUUACGAUAAAUAAAUAUCUUUGUUAUUGUUUAAAAGUAAUAAGUCAAAAAUAUAUGCCAAC